CAACUACAUACCCUAGUUUUUUUUUAAUCCCCAAGUAAUAAAGCAUGGCAUUUUGCUCCAAAAAGAUCAUGCUUUUGUUCAUUGCUCUCCUCCUCUUUGUGUCUUUAGUUCAUGCAAGUAGGUCAGUGCCAAUUGAUCAUCCAAAGGAAGACAACUCCAAGGGUUUGGAAAAGGAGGUGAUGGAAGAGAAGCUAGAAGGGUGUGGUAAUGGAGAAGAAGAGGAUGAAUGCUUGAUGAGGAGGACUUUGGUGGCACACACCGACUACAUUUAUACGCAAGAGAAGCAUAAUUGAACUAAAUAAGCUGACAAAUAUAUUAUAUCGAUAAAUUUAUAUAAUAUAUUUUCCCCUUAUUUUAAAAAUGCCCUUUAGAAUUUUAAAAGUUUGAGGGACUCUAUGUCACUUUUGAAAUUCUAAAGGGAAUUUUUAUUUUUAUUUUAGAAAAAUAAUAAAAUAUGGGGGGAGGCGAGUGUAAAUUUUUUAAUGUUUGUAAUAAUGUUUAAUAUAUAUGCUAGUGCUGUUUCUAAGUUUAGCAAUUUUUGU